AUGAACUCAAUUGCUGAACUGAGUGUUUUUCCUCAACAGACAGCAGUUUCUGAGAAGGACUGCAACCACCUAAACAAGCUGUUACCUUCGAGCAUCAAAGCCACGGGCAGCGAUACGGCCGCGACGCCUGUCUUGACUGAAACCUUUAAGGACCAGAGCCGACAGGCAGCCAUGCACAACGCCGAACUCAUCCGAGAUGUCCUUUGCAUCCUAAACAGCCUCUGUGGCCCCGGUCUUCUUCCUCCGACCGGCGCAGCACGAUCCCUGCCCAACACUAACCCCCUUGGCGAGGCUGCGACUGCCCAGUUGGCCCUCCUGGAGUCCAGCCUAUUCGGUGGUCUUAAGAGCGACGCCGGCUCCGCCCUCUUCCAGGGAAAGGUGUCCACAUCCAGCGGCUCUCUUCUUGAAAAGGCGGCCAAAGUGAGUCGAACCAGCUCGGACACAGAAGCAAAGCCGCACAUAAGCCUGUCACGUAACCACACCGCCUACGAGGCCGAACUCAUCUACCCCGAGGCUUUGACCAAGGGUCAGUUCAUCUGCCCCAACUGUGGGGAGGACUUCCUCAAUCGUGAUUCACUGGCCAUGCACAUGAUGGAGAGUGUGCACUCGGAAGCCUGUAUCAGCAGUGUCAGCAAGGAGAACCGACAGCAGAGGCGGGCGGCGAAUGCGGGCCUGCACUCCAGACUACUGCCCGGUCUGAUGGGGUCGAUUGGUCCCACCUGUUCCAGACGCUUCUUUCGCCUGCCACCCAAUCUGGUUCCCGCAGCCUCUGGACGAUCAGGAGACCCGGUCUCGGCUGCGGCCCCUCCUAGCCAGGAGUUCGAGAGGAGUUCGCAGGGCACCGCGGAGCUCCAAUCACUGUUUCAGGGCGCGAAGAUGAAGGGUACACCGUCACCAGUGGGCCUAGAGACGACAACUCGCGGCUUUCCGAUCCUCCAGAAGUCGGAAUUACCUGACUGCGAGAAACCCACGCUGUCCACUGGGGCCAAACCCGGGCGCAAACCCCGACGCCUCAUUUACCAGCGUGAGACGAUCGGCGUUGAGGGCGCGACCACCACUACCGUUGCCCCCCUGGCCCGGAGUAAACCGCUACGGAUGGCUGUGAGAGGCACGAGGGAAGUGGAGGCAUCUCCACACCCCAGAGCCCAGAUCAACUCCACCCGACCGCAGGCGAACGGCGCGCUGACUCGCAGGGAGCAGGAAGAGGAAGAGGGGGAGGAGGAGGAGGAAGAUGUAAAGGACGGCAUGAGAAUUCGGGUUGCCCUGCCAGUACCACCUAAGCGCCCCAACUCCUGUGAACUGGAAUGUGGCAGUGAAAGUACCUCUCGACCUGCGCGUGUGAACUCAACGCCUGCAAGAUGUGACCUUGAGGAGACGAAGGAGGAGCAACUGAAAUUACUGACUUCCGCAACGGAUAACACCGCCCCGGGGGCUUGCAAACAACGUUCUGGAUGUGCGAAGGUAACCAUUUGCCCCCAUCUACAGUCAGUGACCGAUCUCAUGAAAUGUUAACCGAGAUUCUCAAAUGUGUUUUUGAUUAAGAAGGAUUACAUAAGUAGGCCGUAUCAGUGACUGUCUUGCGGCGUAAUUCGAUAGUAUUUCAGACGCAUCAGGCUGUUGGCUUUUAAAUACACCUCUCCUCGACUGCCUGCAAAACCGCACUUGACAAAAAUUUGUGGUUAAGUAAAGUGCGUGUGUCCUAUCAGUUCCGAUAUCCUUAUUAAUUUACUUCGUAGAAAAGCCCUGUGGAAAUAUUAUUUCUCGUACUCGUUUGAUAGCAGAUCACGUCUCCUUUAAAUUUCAUACUAUAAGAAAGGGCAUCUCUUGGUUUUAAAUUUUUUUAUUUUAAAAUAACUUUGAACUAAAUCUGCCGUUGCAUUUUCGUUUGGGGUUUUAAGUCUUCAAACUCUAUACUUUCGAUGUACGGAAGAACAUGCAUCCUUUUAUGUCAUUAAGGAAAUAUCACAUUGGACUCAUAAAAUGUAACGGAUUUGGUCUAUGUUGUGUACUUUAUGAGAGAAAUUAUUAAACAGACAGACGCGAUGCCACUCGAAUGAGCACUGCAGGGUUUUAAAAACCUCAUAAUUAGAAACUUUUUAAAGCCAAAAGACAUCCUUCCGUCAAGUAUAAAAGUUUAACAAGACCGGAUUUUUUACCAAAUGCGAACAAGAAAGAAUAUCUUUGUGCAAGUUUUUUCCAAAAUAUAUCCGAAUUUAUAAGGGUGUCGAAAUUAAGUAGAAAAAUGCUUACUAAAUAAGUAGUCACUUUUUACCGAGUGCAGAUUUUGCGGACUGCCGAAAAGAAGUGUAUUAAAUAUCCAGCAUCCUAGCAUGUCUGAUAAAUUACGGGACUAAAUCGUAAGGCCGUCAAUACUACAAUCCCACUUAAGUAAUCCUUCCUUAUCGAAGACGCAUUUCACACUCGGUUAACUGACUGUGAGUACGUGCCACUGUUACGCCAAAUCAUUGGACCGAUCAUGCAGGUUACAAUGAGACCGAAAAAUUCAAAUAUGCUUCCUCAACACAGAACUUACCAGUCCUUGCAAUUUAAACACCAGCUGAACCUUUUGACCCUAAGGGUGGGCUCAUACCAGACUUGAAGUUAGAGCGAGUUUUCUCGCAUCUCUUCCUCCAGCUUCAAGGGGACCGUACGGAGUGCCGUCCGAAUUGUCACUGAGCAGGAGAAUUUGUUUAGAUCUACCACUACUACUAAUAAUAGUAGUACUACUGAAUCUUUUCAAAGCUUUUUCACUCUGCAGUUCAGAAGUCAGUCGCAUAUGUACAGGUAGCACAGAAGCCUCGCUGAAGCCUGUUCAGCCAAUCUGGUCGUGACCUGGCAGUGCUUGAAAAGAACCAUCGCAUUCCAGAGAAGGAGAGAGGGAACUGUAUUUUGGGGAAGAUUUUCACAUUCAGGUUUUAAAUCACUUUUAAUGAUCAGACAGUCUUUUUUAAGGGCCGCGAUUCGCGUUCAACCGAGAGACUUUCAUGCCUGCCCCAUCCGCGCAAGUUUAUCAAUACCUCCGGUUAAGUUUCAGCUCAAUUAUGCAAGAGCUUCUGGGCAUUCUCUGAGCGUUACCUGCGUCCCCCAGGUCUGUUUCGACAGGUGUCGGUCCGAUGAAUCUCCCUCAGCAUUGGACAAGAGACUAGCAUUCUAGUCUAUGAGUAGGGAAGAAGACUGUUCGACGGCUAAACCUAUCUAACUUGUCUGAGUUUCCGAACCCACGCAGGAGUCCAUCGUCAGGAAUAAAAGCUGUAACAGAACAAGCAACAGUCAUAGGGGGGGACGUAUGAGAUCAUCAAACGUCAGUGACGCAGGUCUGGAGGUGACUGCGCAGGGCCCUGUAUGCUGGCGACAGAUCGAUACACCGACUGGCUAUGUUCUCAUCCGACGUCUGGGAUUCCGUCAAUUCUCGACUUCUUUUGCUUCUGGUGUGAGGGAAUAUCUUGAUGGCUGUCAGGAAGGGCACCUGGGUUGAAGUGGUUGAACCUCCUCCACUGGCACUCGCGAGGACCCAGGUCUUUUGCAACACAGGGCUAGAUGUCUAGUACAAAGGCUAGUCGUAACUCUGCUUCAAGUUAACACAACCUGAGAAGAGAACUAGGGUCUGAUGGUUCGAUAAGGAGGAACCACCCUCUGCUGCCGUAGGUGACAGGGAAUAAGCACAUCAGCCACCUGCUAGGGAAUGGAGCAUUAUGCACCUUACAUCGCAGUGAUUAAAAACUGGUGACUGGCGUGUGAACCGGUCUAUAGCAGUUCGACUGUCCUCCUGAGACGGAUUGUCGGGUCAGGUGCAAAAACAGGGGGGGGGAUGUUUUGGUCGUCAGCGAUGGAGCAGUCCAAGUUGUCAAAGGAGUGCGAACAUAGUCCUACAUGUAUUUUGUCAAUGAUGGACGCUGAUCGAGGAAAUGUUGGGAGUUUGGAAAACGGGACAAGGCCAAAACAACUAGAAGUGAGUUUAGGCUCAGCGAUUGGCUUAGCACCAGCCAUGUCGCACGGGAUCCCUCCCCAGUUGCCAGAGAGGCUCGGACAGGCAAUUGGUGCGUGAGAGGAGGAAACGAUCGGGCGGCUGACACUGGAGAAUCCAUCUCACGAUAAAUCAGCGCUUUCCUAACUUGACACGCUUGAAUCUAUCAUGGCGUGCCAAGAGUCGGAGCCUAAAAUGUUGACAAUUGACGGGACAACCUGGUGCCUCUCGGUAUUGAGAGUCAGACCGCAAUGCCCCACAUGGCAGUCUCAGGCAUGUACUAUCAGAGUUGCACAGGUACAUUCAGCGGGGACCGGGACCUGUGUGGCAUGAUUUGAUGGGCUGCUUACGCCUAGCAGCCACUGCGCACGCGCCUAAUUCCGAUCAUUUGGAAACUUCCUCGGGGGGGGGGGGGAGGGGGAGUACGCCAGAUGCUGUGUAAAUCCUGGUGCUGCACUCACUCCGUGGGAUACGUGGUGAGCCUCGUCGUUUCCGGCGGUCGAAGGAACGUCGAAAGACGGUUGAAACGAACCGAAAACACAACUUUCACAGAUGGGACGAUGAUCCGAGUCAUCGUCAUCUAUUGUUGCUGCUAUCCUCUACACAGCUGAGACUGGGACCUCAUCAGAAUAAUUGCCUCUUCAAUUACAGCAAGUUUAUCAAGAUGGAUAUCGCCUAGGCAACCAGUAUAUUCUUAAUAAACGUUUAGUGAGUGGGACUUGCAUAGCAUUUACCUGCCUGACAUCCCCUGCCCAUUGGCAAGCGGGAGCACAGUAUCUGACGGAACCCUCACCUCCUCCUUACCCGCCCGACGUUAGAGCGUUACAUUCGCGAGUACACUCUUCCAAAUGUCCCUUCAUCGUCUCAUCCUCAUUUGUUUUAUAAACACCCAGACGAGGGGACAUGGCAGUAUCUGCGCCGAAAGGAAACCUCCAAUGGAGCAGGUGGGCUGGUCCACCGCGCCAGAGGGCGACCCGACGGGUCAAAAAAGGAGACAUUCCCCCGACACCCGGCGGCUUUCAUACCAGUCGCUCGUGGAUCCGCCAGUGUCUUCGACAGCGGUGGCGGCGACGACGACGACAGCGCACUGGAACUCCGGUCGUCCCACAAGUACGGCUGACAGGCCGAAACCGUUCCCCUACGUCUGCCGCCACUGCCAGGUGGGUUUUGAGGAUCAGACCCUCUUCAGCCUGCACAUGGGACUGCACACCUCAUCGAAUCCCUGGCAGUGCAAUAUGUGCAGCAAAGUGUUUGGAAAUAUCUACGAGUUCACAGCGCAUGCGCUUCACUACUGA